GGAAAACGGAGGUUAUGGGAGCCACUACAGACGAGGACGUCUCGGACGCACUUCGUAGUUUGGAAAGCGAGUUCCCAAACGACGACCACGACAUCCGUGAGAAAUAUGAUCCUUCCGCAGAUGAGUGGGACACGUCUAAAAAAAGCUCGACAAGCAACGUUCAUUACCCUGGUGAUGACCGACAUGGACCCGGUGACUACUUUGCCUACAGUUCUUCUUUCGGCAGAGGACCGCCACCGCCUCCGGCUGGAGGAGCGGUUCGGAUCGGGGGACGAAGGGCAAGAGGUCCUGGGCUUGCAUAAAGAGUUGAAAAGAGAAGGUGAAACGCGAAGUUGAAACGUGCUGUUGAUGUUGAAUCCAUCGCGCAGUUAAAACGUGAUGAAGGUGAAGGAAAUGAUGCUUUGACGACUGCGUUCUCUAUCGGAGCUGGAGCACUACUUGUUCUACAAACUAUAACUUUUUUACAAGACUGGGAGGGACAGCGAUAUAAUCGAGACGAGACUCAUUCUCGAAAAGCAUUUAAAUUUAUUUGGAUUGGAGUUAAAAUUUCGAUGAGCAUCAGGGUGGGAAGUAGGGGAACAUGGUGAAGCAAGAAGGGAGUGGCAUACAGCGCAGCGUCAUUAUGCAUCUGAAUUUUGACGCAGACGCACUUGAUUUUUUUCGAAUCACCCCCACUGACACUCAACUUGCUUCUAUAUGUGUACUUACGUUUCCUUCAUGAGCAAUAUUAAAUUUUUUGUGUUGUUCUCCUGUACAGUCAACAGUAUCAUGAUGUUAACCAUGACGUUAAACGCCUAUAAGGCCAUAGAAGCGACUGUUACAAACCCCGAUCAUAACCUCAAAAACGUUGUAUUGUUGUCGAGGAACUACAUCCGAGAUGGUGCACAUAUUGUUUUAUCAUCUCGUACUCUCACGAAAUACAGGACGAAAGUCAAUGUCAACAUAUUGGCGUUUACGAGAACAAUAUCAGCAUUCUUGUGUCUGCGGAAAGCAAAAGACUUGUC